AUGCGAAUUAUUUUGGCUUGAUUUUAACGGAGCACAGCGGAGCAAAAGGCAGUAGUGGAUGAUACAGCGUGGGAGAACGUACAAGAAUUUUUCAAAAGAUGCAUUGAAGAUUUUCUUAAAUUUAUUAAGAUAAUUCAUUGAACGACGCACAAGUAUUCACAAGGCAAGAUGCAUUGGCUCAAGAUCUCAUUUAUCUUGUGCAUGUUUGGAUGCUUUAAGGACUUCCGGCCCUCUGAAUCAUUUGUGACAGAUUAUUUAACUGGACCAUGGAAGAACUUUACAGAUGAUCAAGUGAAUCAGGAGAUCAUUCCUGUGUCCACAUACAGCUAUUUAGCAACAUUGAUACUUGUCUUCUUGAUCACAGACUUCGUCAGAUACAAGCCUAUCAUUAUAUUGUGUGGUUUCUCCGGCGUCGUCACGUUCCUCAUGAUAAUACUCGGAAAAACUGUGAUAGUAUUCCAGAUUCUGGAAUUCUUUUAUGGCCUGUAUAUGUCCACAGAGGUAGCCUAUUAUACUUAUAUAUACGCCAAAGUGGACAAGAAACACUAUCAAGAGGUGACCGGGCAUACUAAAGCAGCCACGCUGUUUGGCCGCAGCAUGUCUGGCUUUGUAGCGCAAUUAACAGCUUCCUUCGGCUUACUGAACUAUCACCAGCUCAAUUUUAUAACUCUUUCAGCUAACAUUUUCGCGACGGUCUGGGCGCUUUUCCUGCCUUCUGUAAGUCAAUCGAUGUACUUCCAUCGCAACGGUAUUUCCGAUGAGGAGCAACGGAAAGGUGCGCUCGAUCAUCAGUCGCAACAUUCAAGUAAUCCGCGAGAAUCGCCCGAUAUAGAGAGUGGCGAAACAAAGUGUUGUUUUACAGUGUUAGGCGGGCCAUUGCUUCGCAAGAUCAGAAAUGCGUAUGCGCUGCUGUGGAAACACUUCGUGCAGGCUUAUACCAAUUACCGCGUGGCCAAGUGGUCGGUCUGGUGGGCACUGGCCACCUGCGGCUACCUGCAGAUCAUCAACUACAUUCAGCUCCUGUGGCGGACCGCGGUGGGUCCGGACGACAUGAUCUACAACGGUGCCGUGGACUUCAUCUACGCGAUUGUGGGUGCAGUGACCGUAUUUUGUGUAGGGAAGAUACAAUUAAAUUGGACCCUAUUAGGAGACAUGAUGUUGUCCGUUUUCUCGCUCCUAGAAGGCGGCAUACUAUUGGGAUUAUCUUACAGUUACAACAUUUGGUUUCUAUACGCCGGCUAUAUCAUAUGCGGCGUGAUUUAUCACACUAUGGUCACUGUUGCAAGCUUCGAGGUCGCCAAAGACAUAACUGAGGACAGCUAUGGUCUUGUGUUUGGGAUAAAUACAUUCUUCGCGUUACUAACGCAAAGUUUACUGACGUUCGUGGUCGUGAAUACGCUCAUGCUGAAUAUCAGGCAGCAGUUUUUCGUCUACGGCAGCUACUUCCUCGUUCUGGCCAUAAUGUACAUUGUGAUAGGCGUCAUCAAUAUCGUGCAGCACUAUCGAAGCGGCGCAGGCUUCCACGUGUGGCUCAGCGAUGACGAUAAAUCCGCGAGUGAUGCGAGUAACAUUGAGCCGUCCAAGUCUGAGCACGAUGGCAGUUGAGGCAGACGCAUCUUAACUAUCAAUUCAAUUUGUAGCUCGAAUUACGCACAUAGUUUUUUAAUUAUUGAAUUAGUCUACGCCGUGAAUAUUAUUUUUAUAAAACAAUUGUUUUAUAUAUAUGUUCUUUUCGCGACGUGCCGUUGUUCCUAAAAAUUUUAUACAUAGAGAUUUAUUGUACAUACAGUAUACGCGCAGUAUUAAAUUGCGAGGUAGUUAUUUUUAUAGAAAAAUCGAGAUACUUUGCACUAAAUGCCAAAAAUCGUUUUUUCAAUUUCGUUUUCAAAGCAACACAAGUUUCGUGAACAAAUUAUAGAUUUGAAAAUCUUUUUUGAAAAAGAAAAGUGCAAUAAAACCAAAUAUUUUUAAAUAAUAUUUAAAAAUUAAUUUUAAUAUUAAUAUUUCAAAACUUAGUUUCAGUUUUAUUUAAGAUAAACUUAAAAUAACAGAUUUAAAAUCCAUUGAAGUUCGUCAACUUCAAUGGAUCAAUCUAGUAUUAUUAUGACUUAUAUUAUGCUUCGUGACGAAGAGAUGAAUGAUAAUUAAGUUUAUAUUAAUACAAUCUGCAUUUAUCUAUUUUCUUCACACAAGAGUUUCUUGUAAAAAGAAAUAAUAAUAUAAUGUAUUUAUAAAGUAUCUCUAUUUUAGGAAAUUAUCUUGAAAUACGUUUCUGUUGUUUUAAUAUGAUUGAUAUUUUGUUGAACAAAAUCCUGAUAUCCGAACGAAAUGCGAAUCUUAAAUUGUGAUUAUGUUCUAAAAUCUUUUUUCAUUUACUUCCUUAGAUUAUAAUGAUAAUGAUAAAAGAUAAUGGUUUGUACAAAGCGGUUGAUUAAUUUUAAACAUAAAUUACUUCGAUCAAUAAAGCCAUUGUUAGAUAUCGUGAUACUACCCACUUUAUCAAAUUUUUAAUCUAUAAAUAUCAAGUUAAUCUUCAGAUAUCCGGAAAAAGAAAUCUCUACGUGUUCUAAUUGAGAAAUUUAUUUUCAAUAAACUUCAUAUCAUGUAAAAUAAACAAGAGUUCGAUUUGAUAUUGCUAAUUAACUUAACAAGUGUAAUAAAUUAAAGAUGGAACAAA